AUAGGAGAACCGUGGCAGUCAAAAGAGGGACUGAGCAAGCAAGAAGGACCAACUUGAAGCUUUGAGAUAAGCCCCUAGAUCGCCAUGACACCCACCGAGAUUAUCUUCAUGUUGGCUGGAACUUGCACCGUCAUGUUUUUUGGAGUGAAACUACUAGGUCUUGUCAUGAUGCUUGCCCCGAAGCUCUGCUAUCCUCUUCCUGUGUCUUUUUUCACCUCUCUUGGGAAAUGGGCAGUGGUCACUGGAGGAUCAGAUGGAAUUGGAAGAGCUUAUGCACAAGAGCUUUCAAAACAUGGAAUGAAUGUGAUCAUCAUCAGCAGAAAUCAAGAGAAGCUUGACAGAGCAGCCAGGAAUAUAGAGCUUUCUACAGGAACACAGGUCAAAGUAAUAACUGCUGACUUUACCAAAGAUGAUAUGUAUGGACACAUUAUGAAAAGCUUAGAGGACUUGGAUAUUGGUAUAUUAGUAAACAAUGUCGGGAUACUGCCCAGCCAUGUACCCUGCAGGCUUCUUGAAACUGCAGAUUUGGAAAAGAAAAUAUAUGAUGUUAUAAACUGCAAUGUAAAAGCCAUGGUUAAGAUGUGCAGAAUUGUGCUGCCAGGAAUGCAGGAAAGAGGAAGGGGAGUCAUUUUAAAUGUGUCCUCCGGCAUAGCCAAAAUACCCUGCCCCAUGUACACCUUGUAUGCAGCAUCUAAGGUUUUCGUUGAAAGAUUUUCAAAGGGUCUUCAAGCGGAAUAUAAAUCCAAAGGAAUUAUCAUUCAGACAGUGGCUCCAUUCGGGGUUUCAACAUCAAUGACAAGAUAUCAGAAGCCAGACAUGGUCACAUUCACAGCUGAGGAGUUUGUAAAGAGCUCACUAAAGUAUCUGAAGGCUGGUGACCAGACAUACGGAAGCAUCACUCAUGCCAUACUGGGCUGGAUUGUGCAGGCUAUUCCCACAUGGGUUUUACAGAGUGAGGUGUUUCAAUAUCACUUCAAGAAAUACGUGAAGGAGAGAAUGGAAAAAUGAAAGUUUAUAUUCUCUGUGUAUAUACUGUAGAUGAACAUCUGCUGUACCACAUUAUGUUUGUUUGCACUAACUGUGACAGAAGCUGCUUACUUUUCAACUGUUAAAAAAGGUUUAGGUUUGCAAGUGUGUAUUGUGAAUACAUUACUGUACAUUGUUUGACAUAUACUAUCAACAACUUUUUACUUUUACAAUCUGAAUCUCUUUGUGACAAAAUAAGACUGGGACAGACAGGGAAAGAAUGCGGAAUCAAGAUGCUUCUGUUUAUAAGUCUUCAAAUUAUCAGUGUUGCUAAUGGAACACAAUCCUUUAAAUUAUCUCAUAUGACAUUAAUAGAGAGACAACAAAACAACACAACACAACACAACACAACUUGAUAACAUAUUAGACAGACUGUCUCCAAAAGGCCAAAUGACAGGGAUAAGUACAGAAAAUAAGAGAGAAGAUGUGACCUUGUUAUUUAUCUAUUUUAAAAGGUCUUGUCCUGCGUUUUAAAGGGACAGUUUAUCCAAAAAAGAAAUUUCUGUCUUCAUUUACUCACCCUCAGGUUGUUCCAAACCUGUA